UUUAUGUAAAGGCUCCGAAAAUGCUAUAAGCUGUAGUGACAUUUUUCGGGAGCACCUUGGUCUUUAACGUUCAACUCUUUCCAACGGGGUGGAAUCGCCAUUUAGAGGAACUGACAUUUCGUUGAAAUGCAUCUUCUCCUCGUCCAUUCGUUAAUAUUUUCCUUCGGCCUUGCUAGGGCAGCUAUUACUGCCUAUGGCCCACACGUUCAGUCACCACUUGGGACCACGACGGCUGCCUCUGCCUCAUACACGGGUGCUGCUUCAUACGAUCAAACAAUAUUAACUGCACCCGCCCCACCUAAUCCUCCCCCACCCACUCAGUUCGGUGUAGAGCUGCAGACUGGGGGUAAUCUCUCGGGACUUUCAAUUCAACAAGAAGGUUCAUUUUUUGGCUUCAGUAUAGAGUUUAGUGUUACGACGCAAGUCCUCGGGCUGAACAGUUCUUUCCUGCAAGUGCCGUUUCUCAACCUUAUGGCCAACCUGCGAGAACGCGGGGGCAGCAUUAAGUGGCCAGUACCCCCGGACGGUGCUGCUCUCGAGAAGGACUACGGGGGGUCAUCUAACCCUACAGCAACGCCGCCCCUUGUCUUCACAAACGAGAUCAUCAAAAUGAUGGCCGAGAUAUCUGCACUCACUGAUGUCUAUUGGUACAUGGGUGUGCCGUUCAAUGACACUCAGAAUUGGCGUUUGCAGAUCGCUGAAGUUGGAGAGGCGAUGCUUGGAAGUUAUCUGAUUGGUCUACAGGCUGGCAAUGAGCCUGAUCUUUAUUCACGACACGGUCACCGACCGAAUUCUUAUAGCCCUCAGGAUUACCACGACGAAUUCGGUCUUCUUAUCGACGCAAUGAAAGCAGACUCUAAUAUUCCCAACAAAAAUCUGCUCAUUGGCCCCAAUCUGGCUGGUGUGUGGAGCCUACCGGAUAUCUGGCAAACCGGGUUCGCCACAGACUUCAACCAAAACCUUGCUGCAUUGGGUGUUGAAAGGUACCCCACUGAUAAUUGUUACGCUCAGUUUGGCAUAGGAACUGAGCGCACUGGUCAAGAGAUGUUCCCGUCCUUCUUGACACACCAAGCCGGAAUUGACAUUGUUAACGAGUUCCCCGGUGCUGCCGCAUAUGCGCAAUCCGUUGGAAAGCCCUUCAUAAUGUCAGAAACCAAUACGGCGUCUUGCGGAGGUUUCCCCGGGUUAAGCGACAGCUUCGGGGCUGCCCUGUGGGGAAUUGACUAUGCUCUCCAGCUAGCAUACAGCAAUUUCUCAACUGUUCUUUUCCAUGUUGGUGGGCAGAGCGUAUAUUAUAAUCCCUUUACACCGCCUGUGAGAAACCAGUCGACAUUCCAUCAGUGGACCAUCGGUCCGAUCUAUUACUCGGCUCUAGUAGUCGCAGAAGCGCUGGGCUCCUCCAAUGUCGCGCAGGUCCUGGAUCUGCAGGCAAAUGGUGGAAAUGACUAUACUCCGGGUUACGCAAUUUACGAAAAUGGCCAGCCAGUCCGUGUCGCGCUGACGAACUUUAUCACGGAUCCGUCUGGAAAUAGCAACUACACUGCGAGUAUUUCGAUCGGGGGAACAGUGCCUGCUCAAGUGCAAGUCAAGUACCUGUUGGCUGACUCCGUCUCUCAAACAUACAACUUUACGUGGGCUGGACAGACCUUUGGCGGUCCAUUCACAUCAGAUGGACGACUUGUUGGCACACUCGACAUACAGACAAUUCCCUGUGACCAGGUCAAUAACGUGUGUCAAGUCGAAGUACCUGCUCCUGGUUUCGCCCUCGUAUUCCUCACCGAUAAUGCGCUGGCCGAGUCCGACCAGAGCUCAACAAUGACCUUCUCAACCUCCACAUACACGAAUCUCCAUGGACCAACCAUGACCAUUGACCCCUCUGUUCUGGCUACCUCGAAUGGUGAGAAAGGAUUAGCCGACGCCCUAGCGGGUACGAGCCAAGGUCGACAGAUGAGCAACGCUCUGGGACUUGCGCAAGCGUUGCCUAGCUUGGUCGCUGUCAUAGCUGGUGCUCUCAUGGUCGGGCGUCUGGCCCUCGUGCGAUGAAUGUUUUUGUAUUUUUCAUUCGGGGUUCAAUGGGCCGGGAGCUUUUCUUCGUCCAUUUACUUGCACUUGCAUCGGACUUGAUUUACAUGAACAUAAAUACCGGAAUCGAUCAUUGUCACUGCUGUGUGUAGCAUAACAUUCUUUCUUUGUCGUAUUCUUUGGAUCACUUGGAACUCGUUGGGCCUGCGUGCAUCAUACCUUAAACUAAUCCUACUUACGGUCUUUUUGUCCGUCACUUACUGCAAUCCCAGAUCUGUUAUGGUGGCGCUC